AUGUUCCAACGAAAUUCGAGUACUGAUCGACAAAUACGAAAUCAAUGUUAUGCAACUCAGAUUUAUCUCAUUUUAAUUUUCAUUUCAAUGAUUAUCAUGAUUUUCUAUCAUAUUAUCGAAACAUCGAUUCAAUCGAAAGUUCUCCUCAAUCCAACUGAAUCACAAUACAUUGAACUUGAACAGCAAUACUCUCAUACACUUUCAAUGCCUUACUUAAUAUUUACUCAAAUUCACGCUGAAUAUCAUCAAAUAUGUUCCAGUUUAUGGAUCUCAAUGGACUGGAUUCAAUAUAUCCGAGCAAGAAUGUUUUGUCAACAAGGUAAACAAACAAUUUCUGAAGCAAUUGAAAUCUUUCUUCAAACGAAAUUCAUCAGUUCACAAGUUAUUUCUCCUCAAUUAUUUCAAAUCCAAAUGAAUUCAUCGAUCGAAGACUGGAAAUUAACAACAAUGAAUACAUUUCUUCAAACAAUUCAAUUAUUUCGUGUAACUACAAAUGGAAAUCAAUUAUCCAAUCAUUUUAAUUCUUAUUUUUCAGUAAAUAGUAUCUCCGAAGUAACAAAGCAAUCAUUCUCAUAUUCUCAAUCUCCUUGUGUUCUUACACCAUCAUCUCGUAUAAACAUGAGUUUGUAUAGUAUGAAGAUUUAA